CAGCAUCACUUAGCCCCAAGGAGCUUGAUGGAGAAGGUGGAGAGUUUGGGCUAUUAAAAGAAUUCAAGUCUAGGGGAAGUUUGCUAAGUGAUGAAGGUGGAGAAACUUUAGUUUCAGCACGAAGAAAGUUUGAACUGGGGUUCUUUACUCUCGAAGAAAGUUCUGUUGACAGAAGCUAUGUAGGAAUAUGGUAUUACAGGUCGAAUCCACGAAUAGUUGUGUGGAUUGCCAAUCGAAACCGCCCACUUUUCGAUUCUGGAGCAGUUUUCGCUGUCACAGGUGAUGGAAACCUCGGUAUUUUGGAUAGAAAUGGAAACAAUUAUUGGUCUACAGAGCUUAAAUCAACAUCAAAACCGGCGUACCGGGAGGCUAAGCUCUUGGAUUCCGGGAACUUGGUUUUAGGUGAUAAACUUUUGGCAAAUAGUCUAUGGCAAAGCUUUGAACAUCCAACUGAUACAUUUCUUCCAGGUAUGAAGAUGAAUGAGAAUCUAAAAUUGAUUUCAUGGAAAAGUCAAGUUGAUCCUGCGGAAGGUAACUUCACAUUUCAGCAAGAGGAAGAAACGAAACAGUUUGUUAUCUGGAAUGGCUAUACAAAGCACUGGACAAGUGGGGAGUCAGGUAAUGUCUUCAGUUCAGAAACAAUGCCCGAUGGAAUAGCAUAUUUUCUGUCAAACUUUACCAGAAGCAACAGAACAGAAGGAAUAGAAAAUUUUCCAUCAAACUUAACCAGAGUCAACAGAACAGGUGGAAUAGACUACACCAGACUCAACAGAACACUUUCAGAUUAUACUAAUACAAGGAUUAGGCUGGAUAUGGAAGGGAAGCUACAAUACUGGACCUUUGAUACAAAUUGGUCUUUGCUUUGGUGGGAGCCGAGAGACAAAUGCAGUGUGCUUAAUGCCUGUGGGAACUUUGGUAGCUGUAAUCCAUACAAUAAGUUGGCUUGUAAGUGUUUGCCAGGAUUCGAGCCUAAGUCACCAGAAAAUUGGAAGAACGGAGAUUUCUCUGGUGGAUGCAUCAGAAGCUCUGCCGUAUGUGGGAAGAAUGACACCUUCUUGAGCUUGAAGAUGAUGAGAGUUGGUCGAUCAGAAACUCGACCUGUGGUUGAGGAUGAAAAUAAAUGCAGAGAGGAGUGUCUUAAUAAUUGCCGAUGCCAAGCUUAUUCCUAUAUUGAGGGGGAACCCAAUAGGCGAAGGGACAGACAACCUAGCAACAAUGUCUGCUGGAUCUGGAUCGAUGAUCUUAAAGAUCUUCAGGAGGAAUAUUCUUAUGGCGGCCUCGAUCUCUUUGUCCGUGUAACCCUUUCCGACAUAGAAUCAAAGGCUAAAAGUUGUGAGCCUUGUGGCACAAAUGUGAUUCCUUAUCCUCUAAGUACUGGAUCAGAUUGUGGUGACCCCAUGUACUUCAAUUUCUACUGCGAUAAUUCCACUGGAGAAAUCAGCUUUAAGACACAUAAUGACACCUAUAGUGUCACUACCAUCAAUCCAGAUACAAGAACAUUUUUCAUCCAAGUGACAGAUGUAGGUAAUUGUAAUUCCAGCACAAGAGGUGAAAUUCAAAAGUUCAAUCUGUCAUUUCCUUUUAAGGUGAAUACUGUAAACCCCUGGUGUGAUGCCCCAGCAGGAAAUACUAGUUCUGACGUUCCAUCUCAAGGUAUCUUUGAAAUUGAUAUUGGUUGGGAACCACCUCCAGAGCCAAUCUGUACAUCAUCUGCAGACUGUGAGGAUUGGCCAAAUUCAACUUGCAAUGUAACAGGAGAUACAGCAAGAUGCCUCUGCGAUUCGAACUUUCGAUGGGAUGGCAUAGCUCUAAACUGCGCUCGAG